AAAGGUUUUGCACGUAGAAAACAACACGUUGGUUUCAUUUUAAAACUGAACUGCCCCUUGGUUACCAAACCCCGUUUGAUUUGUCCGCUGUGGCUGCUGUCUUUUUUCAUACGAAAUGUGGUCGACCUUUUUUCUGACGGAUGAAGAUGGUCGCACGGUGGUCCCAGGAAGUGCAGGAGGGGGUGGAGGGGUUGCACCAGGUGGACCAGCUCAGGGUGCCGGGGGCCUGGCAAGCCUGAUGGGUGGACGUACUACGUUUGGCGGGAACAAACGUCGCAGGACAACAUCAACAGGACAUGUCAUGAGUGAAGCUCAGGAGGGAAAGAUAAAGCUUGCUUUCUUCGUGGCCAUUGUGGGCGUAGUUCUGACGGUCCUCGGUGUUGGAACAGAGUUCUGGGCUGAACUUUCUCCUCCGAAGCACUUCUAUAACAACCAGACUUGUCUAACAGCCCACUACGGCCUGUGGAAAGGUUGCAUCCGGACCCUGUGGGUGGCUGAUAUCGACCCAGAACGCGAGAGCUGUGGCCCUGCAGAACUUCCUGGAGAUUCAAACUGUACCUACUUCAAGUUUUUCACUACAGGAGAAAACGCUGUCAUGUUUCAGAAGACAACAGAGAAGAACCUGAACGUGGCAGCAGCAAUGUUGGCCUUGUUCAGCCUCUUCCUGAUGGUGAUGGGAGCCAUCUGCAUCACCAUGUCUCUCAGUAAAGAGAUCCUGUUCUUCCUAAAGCCUGCGUCCAUCUGCUUCAUCCUGUCAGGAGUUUUGGUGCUGCUGUCUCUCCUGGUUUUCCACCAGUCGGUCCUGGCGUUCUUGGCGAGCGACCACACGGUUCCUCUCCACCACGAGCUCUCGUGGUCGGUCUCGUGUCUCGGCUGUGCGGGUGCCGUCCUCAUCGUGGGAGGGAUCCUCUUCCUGCUGCUGGCGCUGCCCUGCAGCCCCUGGCAGAAGUGCCUCCCUCACAAGAACAACAGUUAGUGGUGUGGAGGUGAUGAGGUACUUUAUGAGGAGGAAGAGGGGCAGAGAGGUGAAGGUGUUUCCCAGAUGUAUCCCAGCAAAAAGAUCACUUUCUCUGUUGACUUUAGAUCAGUUGAAAGCGCAACUAAAACCUGUGGUGAUAACUGGCAUCUACCAAAGACAAACUAUGGUGACCGUGAGGUGUAAAUGAAUGACAUUUGAAAAAAACAGAAUUACAUUUGACCCCCCCCC